GCACUCUAAUUCUACACACGUGCAAGUACAGUAGAUCUACAAUAAAAUCAAAAGCUAGCUACGGUAGUUACUCUGCUGUCUCUAAGGACAUACAAUAGAAGCCAAGAGCCAUAAUGUCUCGGGAUCGUGAUGAUGACAAGGACUCGUAUCGUCGUAGAGACAGGAGCAGGUCACGUGACCGUCGGAGGCGUUACAAGGACGAGCACGACGACCGCGAUCGCCCCAGGCACAGAGGGAGAUCGAGUGAAGAUAAUGACGAUUAUCGGAGACGCCGUGACGAUAAUGAUGAUUACCCGAGGCGUGACAGAGACAUUAGAAGACAAACUGUGCCAGUGGUGUUCCUAGAGAAGGUCCCAGAGAGGGUCACUCAGAGUGAGAUAACUCGCGAGCUGUCCAAGUACUCAGAGAAGAUUAGAGACAUCAGAGUGUUCAAGAGAGGGGACAGGAUAGACGAGCCGUACAAGUCUGCCGUGGUUGAGUUUUAUGAGAGGGAGCAUGCAGCACGCUGGCUCAACGAGAACAAGGACAGCUUCAUGUUGCUGGGUGAGAGGGUUAGUGCCGAGGGUUCCUUAGACCCACCAGAGCCUAAGGGAGAUUGGGUCUGCUCCCAGUGUCGCAAACUCAACUUCUCUCGGCGGACUCAAUGUGUCAGCUGUAAAUAUCCUCGCAGAGAAUCAGAGCGAGACAGUACACAUGACGACCAAUGGGACAGACGAGCUCCGCCAGCCAAUGUGUUAAUUGUACGUGGACUGGAUCCAGAAACACAGGAACUUAAUGUUGUGAAUGCGGUGGCUCUAUUAGCACCUGAGCUGAGGAUGAAAGAUGUGAGAGUCAUACGAGAAAAAGGCUGCAAUUUAUCGCGAGGGUUUGCUUUCAUUGAGCUGAACAAUGUCGAGGAAGCCAAAGAUUUACUCGAAACAUUGACUUCUAAACGAGAUCCCUUUAUAGUGUCUGGGAAACGAGUAAUAGUGGACUAUGCUCGUCCCAGUAACACAUACAACAACAGCAAGACCCCUACCAACUCAGUCGCCACGGCAGCCAUUGCUCAGGCUCAGUGGUCUCAUGUUGGCACCAAUAAUGCUGCUCUGGGCCCAACACAGAGCACUGUGUAUCAAGCUAGUCAACAAGGAGCUGAGGCCACUGCCACCAUUGCCACCACUGCCACUGCCACCACUCAAGACGUGUCAGCUGACAAUGAGCUGUCCUCUUCGUACAGCUACGAUGAGACGUCAGGGUUCUACUACGACUCAAAGACUGGCCUCUACUAUGAUCCAAAGACUCAGUAUCACUACAACAGUCAGACUGGUCAGUAUUGCUACUAUGACCCAGCACAGCUCAAGUACGUACCAGUGGACAGUGAAGGUAACCCCCUGAAUGAAGCAGACCCGACCAAAACAGGCGGUUUGAAGAUGGAUGGCAACUCACUAGUGUCUGCCAGCUCUAUCAGCGCCAAGAAGAUUGCCAAGAACAUGGAGCGAUGGGCAAAAUCUGUCAAUGCUGCCAAGUCAGCACAAAAGCAGCAGGUGAAUAUGCUGACUCAGCAAAGCAAGCCCCUGGCCAAACCCUCUACUAGCAAGAGCAUCCCCAGUGUCGGCAUUGCCGUCGGCAACACGGUUCCACAGGUUGAAAAGCCCGUGCCUCGUAACGACAUCUCAGUGACCCCUCUCCCUAGAAACACCCUCCCUAGGCACACUCUCCCCUCUGGAGCAGAUACCAACCCCACCCACACCGACUGGGACCAACUUGCCUGUCUCCUUUGUAAGAGAAAGUUUCCCUCGAAAGAUGUGCUCGUAAAACAUCAACAGUUCUCAGAUCUGCACAAGCAAAACCUACUGAAAUGGAAGAACCCACAGCAGACAGCUGCCUCCACCUCAGACCAGACUAGGUACCGAGAUCGUGCCCAGGAGAGGCGUGUGUUGGUUGGGUCUUCGGCCAUUGUGCCAGAGUGGAAGAAGAAGAUCGACCAGGAGAUGGCACAACCCCCCAUACCAUAUGAGCAGCCCACCAUUCAUGGACUAAAGGAAGACAAUAUUGGAAACAAAAUGUUAACAGCUAUGGGGUGGAGUGAUGGGCAGGGCUUGGGCAGGUCCAACCAGGGAAUUGUCGAGCCCAUCAAGGCUGAGAUCCGACAAAGUGCUGCUGGACUUGGUUCCAAAGGCAGCGCUUAUGGAUACGGGGUGGGAGAUGACUACAAGAGCAAUGUAAUGGCUAUGACUCAGGCUAGAUACAAGGAGACUCUGUGAUUGUGAUUGUAUAUGUACAUUGUAUUGUUACAUUCAUUUGUGUUAUUCUGGAAAAAAAGCAUUUGUUUCAGAA